AUGUCUCGCCCCGAAUCUCGCUAUUCCUUUGAUGUCCCAAACCCUUGCAUCGACUUCGCGACUCUGAGCGAUGAUGACGUUCACAACGCGGACUCCUGGUUUGACCAAAAAGCCAAUCUGGAGAAUGUCCCUCCUGCAGAAAACCUGGCAAAGGGCUCGCAGAACAGCCCUGCUUUUUCAAAGCCUGAUAUCAUUCUGUCUUCUGUCACAUCGCAAGAAAUAACAAUGAGUGAAAGCCGUGGUGAAGAGGACGGUGGAGCAGAGUGUGUGCAGGCCAGUGCGGUUCCUCAGAACAUCGUUGGGUCCCUGACGAGCUGGAGAGCUGCGGCUCCGGCGGAGGCCUCCCAGAGAGCGGGCAGAAGACAGGCUGCAGCGCAGAGAAAAACGCAGCAACGCAAGCAGCCGGCUCGAGUCAAAGCGGAGAGAAAUGCUAAUGCCUUGGGGAAUAAGGAGGAGGUUCCACCCCUGAAAAAAAUGAGAAUCCUUAGAGUACCAGGGAAAACCAGACGGUCUGUCCCUGGGCCCGGGGCGAGUUCUAGCGGCAGAGAGAAGCCGACAGAAGUACCCAUUUUUUAUGCCGAGCUCUCCCCGGGGAGAGGGAGAAGCAAGCUGACCGUGCCCUCCACGCCAACAAUGUUGAAGAGGCCCCAUGUUUCUGGGAAGCUGAAGAGCACGGAGGAGCAGGAGCUGGAAAAGAUGGAGCAGUUGCAGCGGGAGGUUGUGGAGCUGCGGAAGAAGAACGAGGAGUCUCUGAAGGCAGCUAUUGCUGGAGCAGGGCAACCCGCGAAGAGACCUGUCGGUCACGUAACCAAGCCAGUUGACUUCCACUUCUGCACGGAGAACAGAGUUAAACAGCAUGGGGAAAGCCAGCCCGGGAACGAGUACAAGGAGGUGGAUUUCGCCGCGGUGCUGAGGAAGCAUCCCCCUUCCCCGGUGCGAAUGCCGAAGGGACCCACUAUCCCCAAACCUUUCAACCUCUCCCAGGGGAACAAAAGAAAACUUGAAGAAAGCACGUCAGAAUACGUGUCCCUUGCUGAGCAGGUGGAAGCGUUCCAAAAACGCACCCCCUCCCGUUACCACUUGAGGAGCAGGAAAUCGGAUGAAGGCCCAGUUCCAAGAAAAGUGGUGAAGGCUCGGCUCACACACCCGAAAACACCGGUGCUCCUGACCAAGCAGCGCUUUAGAGCUGCCACCUGCAAAACUGCAGCAGAGUUGGAGGAGGAGGAAGUGCAGAAAAUUCAACAGUACAAAUUCAAAGCCCGAGAACUCGAUCACAAAAUCUUUGAGGGGGGGCCGCUCCUGCCCAAGAAACCCCCUGUGAAGGAGCUCACGCAACCCAUUGGCUUCGAGUUGGAAAUAGAAAAGAGGAUUCAGGAGCGUGAGAGUAAGAAGCAGCAAGAGGAAGAGCACUUUGAAUUCCAUUCCAGGCCGUGUCCAACGAAAAUCCUGGAGGACGUUGUGGGUGUUCCGGAGAAGAAAGCGCUGCCUGUCACAGUCCCCAAGUCCCCAGCCUUCACCUUGAGGAGCAGAACCCGAGCGCCUGGCAGGGAUGAGGAGAAGGAGAAAGAGGCGGUCCCUGUCAUCAAGGCGAACCCUAUGCCCCACUACGGAGUGCCCUUCAAACCCAAGAUGCCGGAGCAGCGGCACGUGGAAGUCUGCCCCUUCUCUUUCGACGCUCGUGACAGAGAGCGGCAAAUACAGAAAGAGAAAAAAAUAGAAGAGCUGCAGAAGGAGGAGGUGCCCAAGUUCAAAGCGCUCCCUCUGCCUUACUUUGACCACGUGAAGCUGCCAGAAAAAAAGGUCAAAACCCCAACUCAGCCUGAGCCCUUCAACCUGCAGAUCGACGAGCGGGGAGCUGCCAAGCUCCAGAGCUGGAAGCAGCAGCUUAAAGAAGACUUGAAAAGGCAGAAAGAGGCAGCGUGUUUCAAAGCUCGUCCCAACACCGUGGUGUACCAGGAGCCUUUUGUGCCUAAAAAGGAGAGCAAGCUGCUAUCAGAGAGCCUUUCUGGUUCCGUAGUUCCUGACAGCUUUGAGCUGGCGACAGAGAAAAGAGCGAAAGAGCGGCAAGAGUUUGAAAAGCGCUUGGCCGAUGUGGAAGCCAUGAGGGAGAGGCAUCAAGAGGAGGUCCGACAGCAGCAAGAGGAGCGUGAAAAGGAAGAAGUAGCAAAGCUGAGGCAGGAGCUGGUGCACAAGGCCAACCCGAUACGCCGAUACCGCAGCGUGGAGGUGAAGCCCAGCGAUCAGCCGCUGACUAUGCCCAAGUCUCCCAACUUCUCGGAUCGGUUCCGGUGCUGA